AUGAGGUCCAGUCCGUUCAUUCGCUAUGAUGAUUACGACGUUCAACAAAGUGAACCGUUUGAUCUAUGCAACGAUGCAUGGCAAUAUGCACCAACACCUGGCAACUUCGAUGGUUCUCCUGCCUCUCCUUCAAAUAUAAGCUAUAUGAACAAUGACCCUGCCAUCGAUCCCGCCUCUCAGCAACGAACUGCUGCGCAAACGAAUAGCCUUCCCUUGCUCCAAUUCGGUGACUGGGAGGAAGGUCGGACGUAUGAUGAGGAUCCACCAACCUGUAUUCACUACCUGAUUGAAUGGAAGGUCACUCUCAAUAACAGAACGGUGGCGAAAGAUACGGAACAAGAUCUAGUUCUAGCCCCUCGGUUUCACUGGCGACUCUUUCUACAGCCGAAGCUAAAGGAACUACUUAUUCGAAAAUACCCACAGCGGAAAUUCGAAUUGGAUGACACCUCUGUUGUCGUAUCGGCCACGCGGCAGAGAGGCCUCUCCCUAAGAUUUGAUGGGACGGACAUUGAUUGGUCCUCUAUAGAGAAACAGCUAUUUGAUUGGGGAGAUAUUUUUCUUGCUGGCAAGAAACUGAGACUUUUUAUCUCAUUCAACUAUAUAGAGAACCCCAAAAGUUCAACUGUCAGUCGCCGGACAACUGAUAAACGAGGAGCUUCAUCUGCCACUCAGCGCAUGCUUGAAGAGCGAGACCAACAGCUCCGCGCCGAGGAAGAAGUUACUGGCGAGCCCCCCGCCUGGAAAGCGGUAUAUGCUUUAAUGCGCUGUCCUGGAUCUUGUGAUCUAGGCCCGCACUGCUGGCAGGAUCCAUAUGGGAAAAAGCACUAUAAGCUUUACCGGGAUCAGCUGGAGAAUCUGGUUAAGUAUGUGCAAAGUGGUGGACUUCUACAUUCACAUGAAGAUGUGCCUGGUAUGAUUCGGGAACAAAUAUACAGAGCAGAGAGGCAACGGCUUGAACGCCCUCGGCCUCAUACUUGCACUACGUCCGAGUCAAGCUGCCCUCCCAUCACUAUCACAAACGUCCUUCCGGCCCAGACCCCACAGGCAGCGGGGUCAUCUAUACCCUCGUAUCCAGACAACACCGCUACUUCCUCAACGGGACUCCCUGACCUUCAUAUUUCUGGCCUUCUUGAUGUUGCCGUGAGGGAAUAUAGCAUCUGGCAGCAGUCCCGUUUAAGGGAAGAGGCAUUGAAAGCCGAGGUGAAAAAGGCGUGCGAGAUAGCCUUGGAUGAUGGGCUAGACCUAGUGCAGAUUGACGAGGACAAAAAUCCAGAGUACUUCACGAAGCGUGGGGUCAAGUGGGGUAUUGCUCGGCGUUUCGUGAAGGACAUUAGGUUCUGGGCGGAGAAUAUAAUGGUUGUGUGA